AUGGGCCACCGCGUCGAUUUCCUGCAUCGGACUGUGCGAGACUUUCUACGGACAAAGGAGAUGGGCGACUUUCUCGCAGAAAAAGCAGGGGAUCACGGCGGCCCCAACACGCUCGUCUUCAAGAGCUUCGCGCCCCUCAUAAAGUCCAUCCCGUGGGAGGAAGUCGACGUGUCCGAGGGAGGUUUGCUAUCAAGGAUGCUGGGCGAUGCAAUGCAUUAUGCCUACCAGGCAGAGCUAGAAUCAGGAGAGCCUCAGGUCGAUCUGCUCGACGAUCUCCAUCGCACGCUCAAACUCUACGCCACAACUACUGACAAACCGAUCCCGUGGUACCAUGACUGCUAUACACCAUCCGACGAUGGCACCGGCCAUGCUCCGUGCCAGGCGUUUCUCGAGUUCGCGAUUCAGAAUGGCCUGCGUAUGUAUGUCCGGGACCAGCUACGCCGCGAGUAUCAACCACUCGAGGCUCAGCAGCCCCUGCUUCACUGUGCCAUUGCUCACUUGCUUGGCUAUACUAUCGAGGAGCCAGAUUUAACCCCCAUGAUUCGUGCCCUGCUUGAAGAGAGGGAUUCAUGCCACGCAGAGCUGCUGAAACAAGACGCAUGGAGGUCCUGCAUCAUGGCCCUCGUAAAGAAACUGAUGGACGAAGAGAACUCGCUCAAAACCGCUCAAAUGAUAGAGCACAGGCAAGACAUGGUCGAGCUUCUACUCGCCGUCGGUGCAGACGCCAACGCACAAUAG